AUCAAAGCUAGCUUUAACAAAAGAUGAAGAAAACACGUCGAGAUCUUCAUCAGUAGAUAGUUUAAGACGUGACCAUAAUCGUACAAUGGAUGUUAUGGGUAGGAAUGCCGAUACUUCACAAAUAACAGACACCAAAAAGGAGACUAGAAAGUUAGAAAGAGAUCGUUUUGUACCGAACCGUGCAGCUUUAGAAGCUAACAACACGAUUGAUGCUGAUAACGAUAUCGAGCAUGAUCCACCUUUACUCACUAAUGAGUUUGACAAAGACGUUGUUGGUAAUAAUAAGCGUAUUUUCGCUUUUGCGGAACCACCACCAAGCUCAAGUUCUGGCGUUCAUUCGACCGAUAUCAGAUUAAAUUUGUCUAAGUCUACUCAGUCUAGAGGAAAUCAAUCAUCUCAAAAGAGUUUGAAUACUCAGAAGCGCAAUUUAUCAAAGUUGAAACCAGAUCGUGUUUUAGAUGCACCUGGUUUAGUUGAUGAUUUUUAUUAUAAUUUAUUGAGUUGGUCUUCAACCAAUUUAUUAGCUGUUGGUAUUGGUGCUAGAGUUUUUGUUUGGAACGCAGACGAUGGUAGCGUUAAAGAAAUAUGUAAUGGCGAAGAUAGUAACAGUGGUGAUCUACAAUCCUUAAAAUGGACGGAGGAUGGUUCAUAUUUAGCUACGGGUUGGGCCGAUUCUUCUAUACAGAUUUACGAUAUUGAAACUGGAAAAAGAUUACGUAAAAUGGCUGGACAUGCAUCAAGAAUUGGUGUUUUAUCAUGGUCUCAACAUAUUUUGGCAUCCGGUUCGAAGUCUAGUCAAAUUCAUCUACACGACGUUAGAGUACAGCAACAUAAAGUAGGUGAAUUGAAUGGACAUGCUUCAGAAGUCACAGGUUUAGCGUGGAAGCCACUUGAAGGUUACAGUCUUGCUAGUGGUGGUAACGACAAUGUCGUAAAUUGUUGGGAUUGGAGAGUCGCAACAAGUAGUUCAGAUCCAGCUCAAGGUAGGAACACAGAACCAAGGUGGAGCAAAAGAAAUCACGAAGCAGCAGUAAAAGCACUUGCGUGGUGUCCAUGGACACCAUCUUUAUUAGCUUCUGGCGGUGGAACAGGUGAUCAUACUAUACACUUCUGGCAAUCUGCUACAGGUGCAAGAUUAAAUUCACUUAAAUUGGAUUCUCAAGUAACUGGAUUACACUUUUCACAUCACACGCGUGAAAUAUUAUCAACACACGGAUUCCCGGAGAAUAAUAUUCAAGUACAUUCAUACCCAUCGCUAGCUAACGUGGGAGCAUGGCCAGCUCAUGAUGCAAGAGUAUUGCAUUCAGGUUUAUCACCAGAUGGUACGAUGCUUGCAACAGGAGCAGGUGACGAAGCGUUGAAGUUCUGGAAAGUUUGGGAAUCAAAGUCUGGAUCAGCAACGACGAAGAAAGAUAGCAUGAGUAUAACUGAAAGAGGCGGUAACAAGAGCGGAAAUAUUAGAUAGACUAUUAAUUGUAAUCCAUAAAAUUUAUACAUAAAUUUAUAAAUUUAUUAUUUA